AUGCUAAUAACCUCCCCAUUGGAUCACAGAGGAGGAUCACUUAUCAUGGAAGAGAUGCUGUCGCCAAGAGACGACGAUGAAGACGACAAUCAUCUCUGCAUCAAAUGCAACGCGACAAUCGUCGGUCUUGAUAAUUACAUUAAACACAGAAAAGAGCGAUGUGGCAAAAACAAAUCCGAAACUAAAACGGUUUUGCCUAUUGACUCUAUAGAACCGACCUAUAGUCUUGGUGCUGAUGUGUUUUUUCAAUCACUAGAACUCCAAAGUAGUGUUAAAAAGACAUCUCUGUCCAGACUUACACCACCAACUCCAAUUUCUAAAGCCGCUUUAGAUAGAAAGACUACUUUGACAGUUGCAUCCACUUCUAGAGAAUUGCCACGAAUUAGUCCUAUAGAAACUAACCUUAGAGGAGUCGAUUGGAUCGGUGGUCAUAGUAUAAGAAUAGGUAGCAACGAGGAUAAUCAAACUAAACUGAUCAACGCCGUUGCUAGUAUAAGCGGCAAUGUCAAGAAGGAUUUGACUUCGUCUUCUUAUAAUAUCGGGACUUUCAACGAUUUCAGAGGAGACGAUGAUUCCGAUGAUUGUGAAGAAUCAGAGGACGAUGAAGAGGAAGAAAGUGGUCAUGGGAGUAAAUGGAAACCACCGCCUCAUUAUACUGGUGGUAAAUGGCGUCCGGCAUCACCAGAACAUGAAGAGUGGGAUAUUAGAGAGGAACAGGAACAUAUGGAAGGUAAAUGGAAAUCUUUAAUAAUCUCAGAGGGUAAUGAGCGUGAGGAGGACUAUGAUGCUCCGCCACCUGGAUACACAAAAGGAAAAUGGGUCCCCGGAGCUCCAGAGAAAGCUCAGAUUAUGCAAACGACUAUACAAAGUAAAGGUUCUGUCCAAUAUUGGUGUGGCCCAUGCAACAGGCGACUUGGUUCUCGAGCCAUUUAUGAUAAACAUUUAAUGUCAAAUCUACAUAUGAGAAAAGUGUUACCGGAGCACGAGUUAGAAUUUUCUGGACAUCUAGAACCCCUAAGAAAUGUAAAUGAGAAACGUACAACUCGACCAUCGCGGUUCUUAAACAGUAGCAUCUAUCUUCAACCACAACGAAAGAAGCAGAAAACUGCUGAUACAAAAUUAUCGGUCUUACCUGUAAAAACUAAAAGGAAAAGAAGGCCUCGUUUCCUUCACUGCUCCGUUUGUAAGUCAAGAGUAAGAUGUCAUUUGAUGGGUAAGCAUUUAAUAUCUCAUUAUCACUUCAGAAAAGCGACGGAUACUCAAAGCCCUACUUAUCAACAACUGAUUCUGGAUAAUAUAGACGUCAUAGUACACCAGUCUCCAUUUCAAUGUAGUCCAUGUCGAUUUUAUACAAACUGGUCAUCAACUUUUAUGCAGCAUUGGUUUUCUGAUGAACACAAAUCAAAAACUGAUUCAAUGGAAGGACGAUACUGGUGUUCGUUUUGCAAAUUUGAAUGUGAGUCUCCGGAUGAAAUGGUUAAUCAUAUAUCGGGGCCUGAACACAGCGAAGUGGUUGCGGUUAUUAAUAGAUCGAUGCCAAUUAUUUUGAGAAAGAAGACGAUUUUAAAAUGCGAUACAUGUUCAAAAGAAUUUCGAUAUAACAUAGAAAUUAAACAACAUUGCCGAAGAACUGGACACGAGAUAUGCCACACUGCUACUGAUGCCUACCAGGAAUUACACAAAUGUCAACAUUGUAAAGAGAAGUUUAAAUCUUCUUUAACGUUGGCUGCCCACUUAAAGUCUAAGCAUAAGCAGAGGGCAUAUUUUUGCCUGGUGUGCUCAAAAACAUUCAACUCAUCAAGCGAGGCCAAACAACAUCGGCAAACUUCAGAACAUAGAGUACGUAGGAAGGAAAUUUUGAUUGAAAAAGGUUUAAGAGUACCUGUCAAGGACUUGAGCAAGAAAUGUCCAUACUGCAUAGAUAAUGUUCGAUUGAAAAAUAUUAUAGAAUUAAAGGAUCAUAUUCGAAGAGUCCAUCCAAACAUUAAGAAAAAAUGUUCAAAAUGCGGCAUGUCGUUCAUCUUGUCUCAAGAAGUCACUCGACAUAUCAGAUCCAAGGCCUGCCAAUAUCAAAACGCCAGCUCCUUGAGCGCUCCCAUACUCUGGAAUUGUAGUCAAUGUCUCUUCACUACUGAUUCUCAAGCCGAGUGCUUUUUCCAUGAAGUUCUACACUCUCCCUCUAUCACUAAGGUUACGAGGAGUGAAACAGAGAAAGUGAUUGAGAAAUAUGAUUGUCCACUUUGCCCCAAGAGUUUUACCAAAGCUUCCUUGCGACACCACUUGAAACAGCAUACAUUCGAGAGGCCCUUCGUGUGUAACGUAUGCGGAGCUAAUUUUACAAGACAAAGCAGUCUAACGAAUCACUCGAAAAGUGAACAUACGAAUAACUCUGAAACAAAAAUCCCAGAAUCUUCAUCAAAAGAUGCAACAGCUGAUACAUUGAUGACAGAAUUCAAAUGUAGUAAUUGCAAGAAGAAGUUCACAAAUAAGCAUCGCCGAGCACACGGUGAAAAUAUUAAAAAUCACAAAUGUUCAAUAUGUACGUUCAGCAGCGACCAGGCGAGUCACAUGAAGAGGCAUAUGAUGUGCCAUGAGGGAAUAAAACCCUAUGCUUGUCCGCAUUGCCAGUUUACCUGUGGCAGCUUAGAAAACCUCCGCAAACAUGUACUACGAAGCGGCCGGCAUGAAGGAUUGUAUUUAUACGAGUGUCCUGAUUGUAAAUAUAACACUAACAUGGCUACAGAUCUGCGUACCCAUUAUACAGUAGCCCAUCCUGACAAAUACAAUCCGAAAACUGCUCUAGAAGCUGUAAAAACCCAUUUGAUGAAAAAUGUUACAAGAGAAGAGAGGGAAGACGAUAAAUAA